AUGGCCGGAGGUUUUGCAGUAGACGGUAAGGUCAGCGCCGGCUGCCACCGAGAAUUUAAGGCAAAGAUUACAUGGUAUGUAUGGAUCUGUGGAAUAAUCGCUGCUACCUGUGGGCUCAUGUUUGGAUACGACAUUGGGAUCUCUGGUGGUGUGACGGCCAUGGAUGAUUUCCUGGUGAGGUUCUUCCCGGCGGUGUACGCGCGGAAGCAUCGUGCCAAGGAGGACAACUACUGCAAGUUCGACGACCAGCGGCUGCAGCUCUUCACGUCGUCUCUCUACCUGGCCGCGCUCGCCACCAGCUUCGGGGCAUCCCUGGUGUGCACACGAUUUGGCCGCAAGCGCACCAUGCAGGCCGCCUCCAUCUUCUUCCUCAUCGGUGCUGGGCUAUGCGCUGGCGCCAUCAACAUCGUCAUGCUCAUCAUCGGACGCAUCUCCCUCGGCAUCGGCGUCGGCUUCGGCAACCAGGCGGCGCCGUUGUUCCUCUCCGAGAUCGCGCCAGCGCACAUCCGCGGUGCACUCAACAUCCUCUUCCAGCUCAACGUCACCAUCGGGAUCCUGGUCGCCAAUGUCGUCAACUACUACACCUCCAACAUCCACCCGGCCGGAUGGAGGUACUCGCUCGGCGGCGCAGGCGUCCCGGCGGCGGUGCUCUUCCUCGGAUCCCUCAUCAUCACCGAGACGCCCACGAGUCUCGUCGAGCGCGGGCACCGCGAGGCCGGCCGCACCAUGCUGGAGAGAAUCCGCGGCACCGAGGAGGUGGACGAUGAGUUCGACGAGAUCAAGUCCGCGUGCGAGACGGCGGCGGCGCUGUGCGCGGAGGAGAAGCCGUUCCGGAGACUUAGGCGUCGGGAGAGCCGGCCGCCGCUGGUGAUCGCCAUCGUCAUGCAGAUCUUCCAGCAGUUCACGGGCAUCAACGCCAUCAUGUUCUACGCUCCCGUACUGUUCCAGACCAUGGGCUUCGAGAGCAACGCAUCGCUCCUCUCCGCCGUGGUGACUGGUGGCGUCAACGUCGUCUCCACCCUCGUCUCCAUCAUCCUCGUCGACAAGAUCGGCCGCCGAAAGCUGCUCUUGGAAGCCUGCGUCCAAAUGCUCAUCGCCCAGGUGACGGUGGGUGGGAUCAUGUGGGUGCAAGUGAAGGCGAACAACAGCCCUAGCCACCCGUGGGCGCUGGCCAUUGUGGUGCUGAUCUGCGUCUACGUGUCCAGCUUCGCGUGGUCGUGGGGUCCACUCGGCUGGCUGAUCCCGUCGGAGACGUUCCCGCUGGCGAUCCGGACGGCGGGGUUCUCCUUCGCGGUGAGCUCCAACAUGUUCUUCACCUUCGUCAUUGCGCAGGCGUUCCUGUCCAUGAUGUGCACCAUGAAGGCUUUCAUCUUCUUCUUUUUCGCUAUCUGCAUCGUCAUCAUGGGGGUCUUCGUGCUCGCGCUGCUGCCGGAGACCAAGGGCGUCCCCAUCGACGAGAUGGUCGACAUGGUUUGGCGGCGGCACUGGUUCUGGAAGAGGUACUUCAGUGACGCCGACGACGCCAAGAUCAGUAACUGCUAGUGCUAGCUGCUGCUGACGAUAAGACCAGAUUCAGUUGUGUAUUUAUCAUUUGAUAUGAU